AUGGUGUCCACAAUAGCAGAAAAGAAUGAUGGAGUCAUGAAAAUUCAUUUGUUUCCUAAUGGUCCCGUAGCAUCCCAGUGCUGCCUGCUGAUUUGGGGCACACCGUAUGUCUUGGCAUCCAAGAGAAACACAGUGACUAGAAAGAAAGUUAACCUUACUUACAUUCUCAAUAAUAGUGCAAGAAGAAACACAUACAAGAAAAGAAAACUUAGUGUUGUGAAGCAACUAGAUGAAAUCACCACUCUGUGCGAUGUUGAAGUGUGUACCGUCAUCUAUAGUGACUUUGAUCCCCAACCUGUUGUUUGGCCGUCUAUGGAUGAAGUACGGAGACUCAUUACAAAGUACCAGAGUUUUCCGAAGGUUGAUCAAGGAAAACGAAAGGUCAAUCAAGAGACCUUUACGAGGCAGAGGCUCCAAAAGAUACAAGAAAAACUAAGAAGACAGGAAAGAGAGAAUCAUCAUAAUGAGAUGACUCGUAUCAUGUUUCAAUCCAUGAUGAAUCCACAACAUGCUAUGUCAGGCCUGAAUACCGAAGAAGAUUUCAAGGAGCUGGCUAGAGUUAUCAGUCAGAACAUGAUGGAGGUUAACAGGAUGAUGGCUCCUCCUCUUUCAAUCCUCCAACUCAUGGGGGAUUUGGCUCUUGCAUGGCGCCCAACAUGA